AUAUUUAGGAUGAUUUAGAUGAAUUAAUUCGUUAUAAUUAUCUGAAGUUUAUGUAAUGUCAAAGAUAAUUAUUACUGUCUAGACACUGAACACGAUUAGUAACAUAAACAUGCCGUUUCCUUUUAUGAGAAUUCUGUGACAAUUUUAGUAAUGAAAAAAAAAACAUUCAAUUUUUUCGAAUACAAUUGUGAUUGUUCAUUAAAUAAUCAGAAAUUAAAGAGUUUUACAGAUUACUAGGUAAAUCCUAACAAUUGAGUUCCGUUGUUAGAUUCGGAUAACGAUAAAAUCUUGUAUUUAUUUAUAAACUUCAAUUUGUGUGAGUCGUAAACUUCAAGCAUGAGACUUGCAAUCGCUCUGUGGAUGUUCUUAUGGAGCGUAGAAGGAAAGACGCGAAAAGUCGUCACUUCAGUGAAUCCCGUUUCAUUAUCAACAAAUGUUAUUCAACGACAGUUUGAACCAAUCGACGAGGCUUUUGUACAACAUAAAGAUGUUCUUCUGGAAAUGCUAGAAACAAAACUGAAGGAACUGCGUGAGAAGAAAAAGAAAAAACAUGACAGCGAGUCACCCAGUCGUUGUAAUGUCGGUGGCGCAGAACUUCGAUUGAAUGCACGCGGUCUCAGUGUGGUUGGGGAAGCUGAUGCUGCUAUUCGACUUACUUCCGGGUUUUCACGCUAUUGUGGUUCGUAUGGGCCAUUACAUACGGUGGAGGCGCGGUUUGGAUCGGUGACAAAUUGCAUAUUCGAGGCCAGGCGGACGUGUUGCGGUCAUAAUGUGGCCAAUAAGCCCGCAGCAGAUAACACUUCUUUAGCGUUGGAGGCUUCGGGCGUGGCGGCUGUGGGACACGCACGGGUUACACUUAAUGGACCUAAUGUGCCCCAUAUAUCUGGCUUGGGGCAAUUAUUUGCGGGCAAUCCAAUCGGAGACUGCACACAAAGUAAAACGACUAAUAACACUGGAGACAAGACCAUAGAUGACGAAUCAGAGCCCCGGAUACAAUCCAAUGUAACUGAGUCACAGCAUCCAAGAAGCACUACGAGAAAGCUUACCCAAAAAUUUACACACUUUUCAGUCACCACACCCCUUGAAAUGGCACCUGAAUAUCCUGAAUAAAGAUUUUUUUCCUCUU